AUUCCCACGCAUUUUCCUCUCCCUCCCAGUUUCAAUUCAAAUUCCCGCAAAACCAAAAAAACUUUCCUUUCUUAAUCAAAAUCAAAUCCUUAAAUUAAUAACACCAAUCCUUCAUCCCAAAACCUCAUUCUCAUAUCUCAACCCUAAAUCAAAAACAAUCCAAACAUGGAUUUCACCAAAAACAUCACCGACCUACCACCCAACAAACGACUAAGAUUCAUUUAUCAGCAGCAACAACAACAGGAAGAACAGGAUCUUAGUCAUUGUUCACUCUUACCCACCAAAAAACGCAAAGAAUCUCGUAACUCAUCACUUUUUCACACCCCACCUUCAUCACCAACACCCCCACCAUCUACUUAUUCUCUACCCACCAAAAAAAGAAUAACCGCCCUUCAACCCCACCUUCACCACCACAAUAACAUCCCAAACGAUGCUGUUCCGCUCAUCGAUCUCAACGUCGAAUACAGUCCUUCUCUCCCAUCAGCCACCCCAAUCGAAAAACAAUCUCAAAAACAGGACAUUGAAUUUGAAGUCGAUGAUGAUGAAAUUUUAUGCUGUGUGUGCCAUAGCACAGACGCUAAUGCUGAGGAUCCAAUCGUUUUCUGCGACGGUUGUAACUUAAUGGUCCAUGCUUCCUGCUAUGGUAACCCUCUGGUGAAACAGAUCCCAGAUGGUGACUGGUUUUGCGAUCAGUGUCGUUUUAAAAACGACAUUGAUACUGACACCGGUCCAAUUCGUUGCUCCCUCUGUCCUACGAAAGAGGGAGCAAUGAAACAAACAACAGAUGGAAAGUGGGUCCAUCUGGUUUGUGCUUUACUUGUGCCUGAAGUGUUUUUUGUGGAUCCAGAAGGGAGAGAAGGGAUUGAUUGUUCUAAAAUUCCAAAGAAGAGGUGGUUGGAGAAGUGUUAUGUAUGUGGGUGCUUUGAUGGAUGUGCUUUGGUUUGCUCUGAACAGAAGUGUGGUUUGGGUUUUCAUAUUACCUGUGGAAUCAAAGAGGAUCUUUGUAUUGAGUAUAAGGAAGGGAAGAAAGGUGCUACUGUUGUUGCUGGUUUCUGUAAAACCCACUCUCAGAUCUGGGAAAAGAACAAGGGAUCUGGGAAAUACAAAAUUGUUGCAGUUGAAGAUAAAGAGUAGCAAGAUUGGUAGCCGAGGUCUUUUAAUUCUGUUAAUCUUCUUAGGGAAUUCCACAGUUGGAUACUUUAGGAGUUCAUUUGAGUUUGUUUUAGCUUUUUUUAGUGUCGAAUCUUCUUCGGAUGAAGACAGAUUACAACAGUACUUAUCUUACUUUUGAUUUUGGUGGAAACAGCAUUUAGUUUACCUGAGAUUGGAAUGGAACAAUAACAUUUGAAUGCAUACAAUAGUUUAUAAAUUUACGGUGUAGCAUUAUGCAUACUUGUCAAUUGGUUUUAUUGAAGUUUGAUGGCUGCAAAUGUGAAAAUCA